AUGGCGGAAAGUAAGGUCGACGUGCUCAUCAUCGGUGCUGGGCCGGCGGGGCUGAUGUGCGCCAAUGCGCUCGCACAUGCGAAGAUACCCGUUAGGAUAAUAGACAAGCGGCCGGGCGAUAUUCUGGCAGGACAGGCGGAUGGUAUUCAUGCGCGAACACUGGAAAUUUUGCAGAGCUACGGGCUUGCUCGUCGAUUGAUAGACGAAAGCGCCGAAAUUCACAGAGCUGCAUUUUAUAUACCGGGUCUUAAUGGCGGCAUAGAGAGGUUGCGUCGGCUUCCAGCCAUCACAGCACCCACCACGGCGCGCUUUCCGUUCACGGUAACGCUACACCAAGGGGCGAUCGAGGCUAUUUUCCAUGACGACAUGAGGCCUCAAGGCCUGGAUAUCGAUCGUCCGACAAUUCCGGUCUCCAUCGAGUUGUCCGAGGAUCAAGCAGAGCUUAAGGACCCUCAGGCCUAUCCAGUGAAGGUUGUCUUGAAACACCUCGACCGAAGCACGAACGACACCGAGGUGAUACGCGCCAAAUUUGUUCUUGGCGCGCAUUCAUGGACUCGCAAGGCCAUGGAUAUCAGCAUGGAAGGCGAUAUGUCAGACUUCAUCUGGGGUGUGAUAGACAUCGACCCCGAUACAGACUUCCCCGACGCCCGAAAUUUGGGUGUCAUCCACUCUGCUGAGGGCUCUAUGCUGCUCAUUCCGCGCGAAGGAAAUCUGCUGCGCCUAUACGUCCAACUAUCAGACGCUGAUGUCAUCGACCCCGAGACCGGUAGAGCCGACAAAGCCAGAGCCAGCCCGGAGAAGGUGUUGGAGAUGGCGCAGAGGAUUUUGAGACCGUAUCGGAUGAAGCCCAUCGGGGACCACAUCCGGUGGUGGACCAUAUAUGUCGUGGGUCAGCGUGUAGCCAACAAGUACUCGAUACAGGAUCGCGUUUUCAUCUCGGGGGAUGCGUGUCACACGCACUCUCCAAAGGCUGGUCAAGGUAUGAACGCCAGCAUGAGCGACACCCAUAAUCUAGCCUGGAAACUAGCAUACGUACUACGCGGAUGGGCAGACAUAUCGUUGUUGAAGACCUAUGAGUUCGAGCGUCGAAAGUUCGCGGUAGACCUGAUCAACUUCGACCGUCAAUGGGCGUCUCUCUUCUCAUCCGGAAAGGCGAAUCUCAAGGGCAAGGAUGACAGCCUUCACGAGAUGUUCCGGAGGAACGGCCAGUUCACGAGUGGCAUCGGGAUUCGCUACGAGACCUCUCCAAUCGUGGAGAGCGGAUACCAAUCAUACGCCGCGAACCUCGUAGUGGGAGAGCGCAUGCUCCCGCACGUCUUCAUCCACGCUUCCAACGCUGGCGCUAAGAACAUCCACGACAUGCUCCCCGCGGACACGCGCUUCAAGGUGCUUGUCUUCGUCGGAGACAUCAAGCAGAACGAAACGGUCGCGGCAAACGUGCGACGCUUGGGCGAGCAGUUGGAGGCGCCUAGCAGCUUCCUGCACCGCUACGGACACGAGGGUAGCGACAAGGUCUUCGACGUGUUGUGCAUCAGCACAUCCAGCAAGCACGUUGCGGACUGGAGUGACUUCCCGAAGGCGCUCACUACCCACUGGUCGAAGGUACUGCUGGACGACACCGACAUGCACGCCCGGGAAGGCGGGGGCGGGUUUGCUGCCUACGGAAUCGACCCAUGUGUCGGCGCCAUUGUCAUCGUCCGUCCUGACGCCCACGUAGGACUGGUGGCGCCUCCGGAUCGCUUGGACGUUGUGGACGCGUACUUCGGUUCUUUCAUGAUCCCAGUCACCGCUGCGUAG